GUCAUCCACGUGCGCCUGUAAUUCUGUUUUGCUUCCUUCGCGCACAUGAGCAGAACCAACGUGGCUUUUGCUCUUGACAAGACAUUUCUGCAGAUGUUAACAGUCGCUAUCUGUUCGUUAAAGAAAACAUUAUUGAACAAACAAUAAAACACGCAGUCGGUGAAGUGAAGCAGUUUGUUUCGGCGCCUCGGAGACGAACAGUCAGCAUGUUUAAUGAGGAUGAAGACUGGAGUGACGAAGAAGACGCUCAGGCUCUGAGCAAAGCUGUCCUGAAGAAUACUCAGAAGAAUAACAGCAGCGCUAAUGUCAAGUCCAAGGCUGUUGGAAAGAAGAGCCUGCUGCGGACCCUGCAGACGCUGGGAUCAGUACCAGACUGGAAGAGUGACGACCAUCAGCAGGACAGUGACAGUGAGACUGAAGUGGCUCCGCCGCCCAGUAAGAGGAAGAAGAAGAGAAGGAAAAGGAGAAAACAAGCGGAGACGACGGGAGAGCAGCAGGAGAAUGGUGACGUAGAUCAGAGUUUAACUGGGGAGAAACCUGAAGCAAAAAAGAGGAAACAAGACAACAAAUUUGGGGAUUCGAAGGUAAAAUCCACAUCUGUGAGCGAGACGAAAGACAAAGAUGUCACAAAAUCUGCAAAGGUGGAGGCAAACAAACCAGUCAACACACACAAACUGAACAGACAACAGUGGAAAAACAAAAUGAAGAACAAGAGGAAAUGUAAAAAUAAAUACAGACAGGACACGCCUGAGGAGGAAGUAAAUAAAGGCAAAUCUGUAGAGAAACAUGAGCCAAAGGAAGAAGUCAAAACAGAGUCAAAUAGCAACAACACGGGUGAAAAAGUCCGUCAGACACCAGGAAAGAGAAAGGAAAAGCAACUGCAGAAAAGGAAAAAGACUGUAGUAGACACUGACAUAUCCUGUCCAGCAGGAACACAGACACCCAAAGAAGAAAAGCAAAUUCAAAAGGAGAAAAACACGAAAGAAGUUGAAACAGUUGCUACUGAAUCUCCUGUUGAUGGAUCCAGACAGGCAGCAGUGGAACCUGAAGUGAAGAUCACGGAUGAUCAGCACCAGCUUCCCAUGAAACAACUUAAACCUGAGCUGAGCAAAGAACAGAGCCUGAAAAAGCAGAAGCUGCGGAAAAUGCUCCACAGGCUGGAAAUGGACCGAAAGGAGAGUCCCGCAGAGACGAAAGAGGAGCCGGCGGCACCAGAAGAAGAAGAAGAAGAAGAGGUGAAACUGGACCGCUCUGCCUCCCUCAGGUUCCGCAUGGAGCAGCGUCUGGAGUCGGCCCGUUUCCGCUACAUCAACGAGGUUCUGUACAGCACGUCCAGCGGCGAGGCCAAGCGCAUGUUCAAGCAGGACCCAGACGCCUUCUGGGUCUACCACCGAGGAUACACAGCGCAGGUUCAGAGGUGGCCCGCCAACCCAGUGGAUCAGAUCAUCGCAUACAUCCAAACAAAGCCCGCCUCUCUGGUGGUCGCAGACUUCGGCUGUGGCGACUGUAAGAUAGCGCGCAGCGUGAAGAACAAAGUGCACAGCUUCGACCUGGCAGCAACCUGCAAGCUUGUGACGGUCUGCGACAUGGCCAACGUGCCGCUCCGGGAUGCCACGGUGGACAUCGCCGUGUUCUGCCUCUCUCUCAUGGGAACCAACCUGGCAGAUUUUCUAGCUGAGGCCAAUCGGGUCCUAAAGAUGGGGGGUGUCCUUAAAAUAGCAGAAGUGGCGAGCAGGUUCGAGAAUGUUCGGAGCUUCAUGACCGGACUGGCAAAUCUAGGAUUUAAGAUUGUGUCCAAGGAUGCAGAGAACACUCAUUUCUACUCCUUUGAAUUAGUGAAGAUGGGAAACGCUCCAGAAAAUAUAAAGACAUUUGGACUCCAGCUGAAGCCGUGUGUCUACAAGAAACGAUGAAGUCAUGUGAUGAAGACUUCGGGGUUUGAGACGUUCUCCAGCUUGGAUCGACUGUUUUUUCAAAACAGCAGUUGUACAUUUUAUGUAAAUGUAUCGUGUUUGCUGCAUUUUGAAGCCUAUACUUUAUCACAGAGUGAGCAGAAUUUCCUGCUUUAUUUGUACAUGUUUUCUAUAGAUAUACAAGUACAUGCAGAUUUCCUUCCAUUGUCUCUGGAUGAAGAUGAUCAGUGAAAUAACCCUGUGAGGAUGAAAACCUACACAGAUCAACAAUUUAGUGUUUUUUCUUAUUUUUUUUUUUAAAUAAGAGAACAAGUUAUAUACAUGUAAAGAUUCUCCUGAAAAAGUUAAAAACAAAAAUACACAUUUUUAAUAUGAA